CUGAUCUGAAAUAAUGUUGGCCACGCGUGUGAACCUUUGACAAACUUUCUCUCUCGACACGAUCAUCUAUCUCUAUUCAUCAUCCAUAUCAUCCAUAUUUUUUCUUAGGGUUUGGUUUUCUUCAGCCUUCCACCGCCAAGCCCUCUCCCAAUCGAAUCAGGAAUCCGUCUUCUCUGGCCACAAAAUCAAUUGGGAAUCCCAGUACAUAGAGACCUCGUCUUUCUCACUUUCAAAUACAUUACAAAAUUGUAGGGUUUUGCAUCAAUUAUGAAUAUAAUUUCAUCGCCUUCGGUCAUCUCUGUCGUCGUCAUCUUUGAGAUUGAGAAUCUUCGCGUCUUGGGUCCUGGCUUGAAUCCUUUGGCACCAAACUACUGCAUCGCCAAUUAUUCUCGCUAAGUUUUUGCCCCCUUUUCUUUACUGUCUUUCGAUAUAUUUUGCUUUUCUUUUACUGUGAUUUCCCCCAAAAAUCAUGUAAAUCUUGAGUCUUAAGUCUUAAUCUUUAGGGUGAGAUUUGUUGUAGUUGUUGCAUAGAACUCUUCUUCAACAACUGGUUUUUGUUGUCAUCACUUUUUGCAAAUUUGGGUAAUACAAUUAAUUCAAAAAGCUUGCCCCAAAAAGAAAUAGAACGAAUGGGUUCGCUUAGGCGGAGCUUGUCGAGAAGGCGGUCGUUUAGGUCUGGGGUGGAUAUGGACGAUAGGGGAUGGACUCUGCUCCAUAUUGGUUGUCGCAAGGGUGAUCUGAAACAGGUGAAGCGACUUCUUAAUGAGGGAAUGGAUGUGAAUGUUGCUGCUUGGGGUCCAAAAUCAAAAGGGAUUACCCCUCUUCACCUAGCUGCUGAGGGUGGCCAUCUGGAGGUUAUGGAUGAAUUGCUUGAGCGUGGUGCUAAUAUUGAUGCCAGAACUAAGGGUGCUUGUGGCUGGACUCCGCUUCACAGUGCAGCCAAAGAGAGGAGGAGGGAAGCCGUGAAGUUUCUGGUAGAGAAUGGGGCAUUCUUGCCAGACGAUAUGUAUGACUGUAGGUUUAAUCCUCCACUCCAUUACUGCCCUGGACUUGAGUGGGCUUAUGAGGAGAUGAAGCGUCUUCAGCUAGAAAGUGCAUCGUCAGGGGAGAGCUCUUGCAGCUCUGAAAGCUAAAAGUGUUGCUGUGAUCUUUUUGCAGUUGGUUUGGCUAUAUAUGCAGAAUUGCACAUAGACAAGUCUCUUUGUCACCAUCUUGUGUUUCUUUGGUUGCUGCUGUCGUGCAUCAGGGAUGCUGUGCAUUAUGUUAGUGAGGGGAGAGCUCUGAAAGCCUAGUGUUCUUGCACACGGUUUGGUGAUUGGUCUUCUUAUAUCUUUAUGUAUGUAGCAUUGCUCAUAGACAAAUACCAUGUCUCUGUUUUUCGGUUGCCUACAUUUUGCAUCAGAAAUGUUUUGAGUACUUUGUGUAAUGGAAUGUGUUCAGAAAUGUUUGAGUACUUUGUGUUAUCGAAUAUGUUCCGAACAUUGUUCUUAAUCCGUUGUUUCUGGAUGUUUGAUGAUAAUAAAAUAAUUAUUAUUGAUAUUAUUAUGACCUA